UUUUUUGGCUAAAUGCGUAGGAUUAAUAUUUAAUUUUUAUCAGUAAUUUGUUUGGUAAAUUUUCACUAGAUGACCUCAUGUAUAUUUACUCAAAAGUCCAUAGUGUUUACACAAUUGACGUUAUUUUGGUCAAUUUUCUUAAAGUUUAGCACUCCCAUAACCAAUAAUUCCAAAAGCCUAUUCUAACAAUCACUUAAGUUGGUCAAUGAAGUCCAUGUUCUCGUUUUUGUGACUUGAAAUGAUAUAUACAGUCGGUAACCGUGUGCGAGUGGCUCAUCUGUUUCCCAUAAAAAGCCCAAUGGCUCUGGAAAAUCUUUUACUAUUAUAAAUAUUUUCUGUGAAUGCAUGGUUGAAGCAGGUUUACUGUUCUAACCAUGAACAUCGCACUGGUAGCAAAGGUUGCAAAGAACAUGUGCUAUUUGCCUUGGGAGUAUGAAACCAGGAAAUGGUCAGGCCAUAUUCACUGCUGAAUGCUCCCACUCAUUUCACUUCAGCUGCAUUGCCAACAGUGUUAAGCAUGGAAACUACCUCUGCCCCAUCUGCAGAUGCAAAUGGAAAGAGAUUCCUCUCAUGUCAUCCUUCAGUACUGAUGCAAACAUUAAUAAUGCAGGGCGGACUCGUGUCUCUCCCCUUGAAGAUAAUUACCUUGACAAUAUUCCUCGUGUUCCACCACCCGUGUCUCUGCCCCUUCCUGAGCCCCUUCACUUCUCUGAUGAUGAACCUCUUCCCAGCAUCACUGUGGAUCAGACCUCCUCCCCUUCCAAUGUUCAUCCAGGGAGCGUAGUCUUGAAAGCUUUUCCAGAAUAUUCUGCAGUUGCUGCUUCUAAUACUCUGUCAAGAUUUGCUGUACUUGUUGGAGUAAGGGCACCCCCACUUGCUGACAAUGCUCGGCAGAGAGAGCGCGCACCUAUUGACCUGGUCACAGUUCUAGAUAUUAGUGGCAGCAUGGCUGGAUCAAAAUUGACUCUCCUGAAGCAAGCCGUUUGUUUUGUCAUAGAUAACUUGGGGCCUUCUGACCGUCUAGCUAUUGUUACCUUUUCAUCGGGAGCUCAAAGAAACUUUCUCUUGCGAAGGAUGACAGAGCAAGGGCGUAGAGAGGCUGCACAGGCUGUCAAUGCCAUUUCAGCAAAUGGUGGGACGAAUAUUGUGGAAGGACUAAAGAAGGGGGUUCGAGUUCUUGAAGAAAGACGCGAAAGGAACCCAGUUGCAAGCAUUGUUCUCUUGUCAGAUGGGAGAGACACUUAUAACGGGGAUAAUGCCAACCAACGGCGGAGUCAUCAGGACCGCAGAUCCUCAAAUGCAACCUCAGGUCCCGACUUUCUGAAUCUAUUGCCUUCUGCCAUUUGUCCUCGCAAUAGAGAAGCACUAGCAGCAGACCAGCUGCCAACUUUCCAUGUACAUACGUUUGGGUUUGGUGUAGACCAUGAUUCCUCUGCUAUGCAUGCUAUCUCAGAUGCAUCAGGUGGUACAUUUUCAUUCAUUGAGACUGUUGGAACUAUUCAAGAUGCCUUUGCAAUGUGUAUUGGUGGUCUACUCAGUGUGGUAGCCCAGGAACUAAAGCUUACUGUUAGGUCAGCAUCUCAUGGAGUGGAUAUUGGAUCCAUUCCGUCAGGAAGAUAUGCAAGUGAAAUAUCUGAACACGGAAAGCAAGGUGUAAUAAACAUUGGGAACCUCUAUGCAGAUGAGGAAAAAGAAUUCCUCGUCUACUUGUCUGUUCCCUCGGCUGAAAUUAAUGAAAGUGCAACAAAGACAUCUCUGUUGCAAAUUACAUGUAGUUACAAGAAUAACUCAUCCGAAGAAAUGGUCAGCGUAGAGGGUGAGACAGUUGAGAUACGUCGGCCGCCUGUGCUGUCUCCUACAGAUGCUGUAAUAAGUCGCGAGGUUGAUAGGCAGAUAAACAGGCUGGCAGUAGCAGAAGCCAUUGCAGAGGCACAACAGAUGGCAGAAAUGGGAAAUCUUGAGGGUGCUCAAGCCGUGCUAGCUAACAGAAGAGCCUCUCUUCUGUCUUCUGUAUCUGCCCAAGCAGGUGAUGCUCUUUGUAGCUGGCUUGACACUGAACUGACUGAAAUCAGAGACAGGAUGGCAAGCAGGGAACGCUAUGAACAAACAGGAAGAGCGUAUGUCCUCUCGGGUUUGAGCUCACAUUCUUGGCAAAGAGCCACAACUAGAGGAGACACAACAACACAAAUAAUACUGCAAGGUGGUAGCUCUAGCAAUAGUGGAGCUCUCGGCUAUGAAACUCCAUCUAUGGUCAACAUGAUCUCAAAGUCACAGAACCUAAGUCUUGUUAAUAAUCGUGUAGAACAAGUUCCGCGCCCCAACAAGACAUGCAACUUAACUCCCAAAUCUUAGUAAACAUUUCUAACCUCAUUUGUUCUCAGUGUGAUAGGAAAUGCCACAACAACACUCUUCUAGUGAUAAAAUUCUGUGGCAUUUGACUACUAUACUUUCUUUGGUACUUUUGUUCCAUUUGUUUUUUUCUCUCUUAGUUCUCCAUAGCUGGAUCAUUUGCAAAUGAGAUUCUUUUAGUUUGCCAUCUCUACAGAUUGUAAUAGUAUGUUAGAGGUAACCGCUUGUCUGCUGACCUUCCUUUCUUUUAACAACGUGCCUUUAUUACUUCUGGCUGAAAAAUUAUUGCUAAUUAGUCAAACCUUCAAACAAUAUAAAUGCAUAUGUCGGACAGUUUUGUUUUAAGUAAGAUUUACUUUUCAAAGUUUGCUUUUUGCUUUUCCAUUACUUGUGCAUACCUCAUUGAACAAUAUACUUCUCCCUCUGUUUCAUGGGAAGUUAUAGAGUUUAACAAAGUAAAUAAUACUUUUGAAUCUUAUGACUGUGGCAAAAUGUCCUUAAAUCUUAUGGUCUUAAACAUGUCACGUGGAAUAUUAGAGUUAAAGAGUUACUACUGAGCAUAAAAUUAAAGUUCUUUUUCUUAAAAAGAUUAAGAAGGAGCUAUCAAUGUUCCAAUCACUUGUUUUAUCUUCAGACCACGCAAGGGGCAAAAAGAUGUUGUCAGGUGUCAUAUGUUUCCUUUAUUCUUCCCAAUUCAUUGUAAUUUCUGACUCGGAAUUUUAAUUCUUCUCUUUGUAAUUUCCAAUUCUCAAAUUCCCCAUUCAAGAGUUUUCACUAAAACAGGUUCCAAAUUUUUCCUUGCAAAAGAAAUUCCAAAUAUGUGGAGUCCACACGAAAAGAGGCGUAUCUGUAUCUGUUAUCCCUGGUUCUUACUCUUCCUGUAUCUCAGAUAACGUUUCAGAGAAUCUCUAAAUCUAACAAAAUCCGACUCAAUUAUCCAAUCAGAUCCCUCCACCUAAGCUCCCCUUCAACUCCUUAUCCUCUCCCCUCUUCACGAAUCCUUUCUUACACAAAUUCUAAAAACCAUACCUUUACUCUCCACACUCCAAAUCUCCUUCUUCUUCCUCUCUAUUUUUCUACCAGUUUCUUGGAAAAUAGAGAACACCAUGUCUCUCACUAUUCCUUCAAAUCUUUCAAAACCCAUUGCAACAUCUAAGGCUAGCUCUCAGUUUAGCACAAAACCAAGAACUUCAACCAUAGUGUGCUCUUCAAACCAAG